ACUUCCUUCCGCUCACAUGCGGAGAAACGGGCGGCAACCAUCGAAGAAGAAACUUCCCCCUGAAAUGAAUUGAGAGAUUGCGCUAAGCUAAUAAAUCAAGUACUUUUUGUAUUCAAACAAGUUAGUUUAAAGUCGAUCGAGGUGUACUGUUUGGAGUGAUAAUGUCAGGGAUACCCGCAGACACAUGGCAGCCGCAAACAGUGGUUAUGGACACAACGAUGGGAACGAUUGUGGUGGAGCUGUACUGGAGACAAGCACCGAAAACAUGCAAGAACUUCGCAGAGUUGUGCAGAAGAGGCUACUACAUCAACACAAAGUUUCACCGAAUAAUCAAAGACUUCAUGGUGCAAGGAGGAGACCCUACAGGAACAGGUCGCGGUGGUGCCUCCAUAUUUGGUAAACAGUUUGAAGAUGAGCUGAACUCAGAACUGAAAUUCACAGGUGCUGGUAUUUUGGCGAUGGCCAAUGCAGGACCAGACACAAACGGAAGCCAGUUCUUCUUCACUCUCGGCCCCACUCAGUGGUUAGAUGGAAAGCACAGUAUUUUUGGAAGAGUAAGCCAGGGAAUGGGAGUGCUGAACCGAAUCGGGAUGGUAGAAACAAACGGCCAAGAUCGGCCAGCUGAUGAUAUAAAAAUCAUCAGAACUAAUGUACCCAUAUAAACAAAUAGUUAGUUGUUUUUUUACAAUGAUUUUUUUUUUAUUCAAUAAUUGUUUGCUAAAUAUUUCAAUGUAAUGUUUCAUAACUGUAUGAGGCAAGCCUAGUAUGGAAAUGAUCAUGUAAUGUUUCAUUUGUACCAACUGAAACGUAGAGGAACAGUUGAGUUGCAUAUCAAUGUCCAGUAAAGAGCAACUAAUUUGACUUUUUCAAGCAAAAUGUCCAAAAUUGAUGGUUAUUUGCUGCUUAUCUUGGUCUUCAAAGUAAAGUGAAUAUCUUUUGGGUUUUGUUGGUUGGAUGAAAAAAAAGAAGAUAUUUGAAGAUGUUGCUUUGAAUACGGGGAGUUUUCCAAUGUUUUAAAGACCAAACAAUUAUCAAGAAAAGAAUCGGCACAUUUAUCGAUAGUCGUGAAAUAAAGUGAUUUAGUCAAAAAUAA